CGGCACACCGCGCCGCCCCUCGCCUCCGUUCCUCACCUCCUCUGUUCUCCUCCCCGUCGGCGCUCCCGCCUCCGGCCUCCCAUCGUGGCAUCAGCGGCGUGCGGCGACCUGCCGGCCUGGGCUAGCGGCGUGCCGAUACAUCCCGUGGCCCGGCCGGCCGCCCUGCUGCAGUGCUGGUUGCUGCCUCCUGGCGCUGGGCGCUGCCCGGGCUCAGGUGGCCAGGUCGCCCCCAGCGGGCCAGCACCCGCGGCCCCUGCCCUCUGCUGGCCUGCAGCUUCAUCGUCUACACGCGGCUCGCCUGUGCUCCUGCUGGCUGGAGCUUGCUGUCCUGCUCACUACUAGUCGCAGAGAGUUCAGAGGCACAGACAGAGUCCAGAGCCACAGACAAGACGGGAAAGAUCUAAGAUCAACAGUGAGUCAUUCCAGCAAUCAACUACCAACGGCUUAAUCGAUCUCAGCCAUCCAAAGGCACCAUCUGAUGGCUUAACGAGACACUGGCACCAAUGAACCCGCACACGCACCACCACCACCUGCGUCAGCUCCAGGCCGUCCUCCUCCGCCGCGGCCACCAAAUCCCCUCGCCACCGACGACCCACCUGGAUCCUGACCGGGCCUACCUCGCCACCAUCCGUGCAGCCGCCACCACCCCACGCCUCGUGCUCGCUGCCUGUGCCUGCCUCCGCCGCACCGGCCUGCCUCCACCGGGGCCCCGAGCGCUUCCAGCCCUGCUCCGCUCCGCUGCUCGCUGCGUGGGUGCUGGCGCUUAUGUCAGGGGCGCGCACGCGCUGGCCUUCAGGGUUGGGUCACUGGACGAUGGAUUCGUUAGAACCGCGCUGGUCGGGGCAUAUGCAGCGUGUGGAUGCGUGGGGGACGCGCGGAAAGUGUUUGACGGAAUGGCCGUGCGGGACGUCGUCUCCUGGGGCGUCAUGCUUGAUAGUUAUUGUCAGACUCGGAACUAUAAAGAAGCUUUGCUUCAAUUUGCUAAGAUGAAGAAUUCUGGAGUUCUUUCAGACCAAUUGAUCCUUGCUACUGUUCUAUCAGCUUGUGGGCAUAUAAGGCAUUUGAGAACUGGGAAAUCCAUCCACUCAUACAUGUUGGUGUCAGACAUUCUUAUCAACGCUCACCUCAGUAGUGCUCUCAUAAAUUUGUAUGCUAGUUGCGCGAGCAUGGAGAUGGCAGAAAAGCUAUAUAAUGGGAUGCCAAGGAAGGACUUGGUAUCAUCAACUGCCAUGGUUUUUGGGUACGCCAGGAACAGAAAAUUUGAGAUUGCUCGCUAUAUAUUUGAUGGAAUGCCAGAGAAGGAUGUGGUAUCUUGGAGUGCUAUGAUAUCAGGAUAUGCUGAUAGUAACCAACCCAAUGAAGCAUUGAGUCUGUUCAAUGAUAUGCAAGAGUGUGGUAUCAGGCCUGAUGAAGUUACCAUGUUAAGUGUCAUAUCUGCAUGUGCUAAUUUAGGUUCCCUUGAUAAAGCCAAAUGGAUCCAUGCCUUCAUUAAGAAUAAUGGAUUGAAUAAAAUAUUGCACAUUUGCAAUGCUCUUAUUGAUAUGUUUGCCAAAUGUGGGGGCAUUAACCUUGCAUUGAAUAUCUUCAAUGAAAUGCCUCAAAAGAAUGUCAUCACCUGGACAAGUAUGAUUACUGCUUUUGCUAUGCAUGGUGAUGGAAAAUCUGCCUUAUGUCUGUUUGAGCAGAUGAGAAAUGAAGGCGUUGAACCCAAUGAAGUGACAUUUCUUAAUUUACUUUAUGCUUGCUGUCAUGCUGGUCUAGUCCAUGAAGGUCGUUCAUUGUUUAGCUCUAUGGUUCAGCAAUACGGGAUUGAACCCAAGCAUGAGCACUAUGGAUGUAUGGUGGAUCUUCUAGGAAGGGCUAAACUUAUGCAAGAAGCUGUUAAUCUCAUAGAGUCAAUGCACUUACGGCCCAAUGUGCCUGUCUGGGGAUCUCUGUUAGCAGCAUGCUGGAUGCAUGGUGAUCUCAAGCUCGGCGCAUUUGCUGCCAAGAAAAUUUUGCAGUUGGAUCCUAAUCAUGAUGGAGCAUCUGUGCUUUUAUCGAAGAUAUACAUGAAAUCUGAUAACUUGAAUGAUGCUCAGGAGGUGAGGGAUGUAAUGAAACUCCAGGGGGUCUCAAAAGAAACAGGCUUGAGUUGGAUGGACCUGAAUGAGCCUUUUCAUGAGUUUACAGCUGGAGGUGAAAAAUAUCCUGAAAAUGACAAGAUCUUUCAAAAGUUGUGAACUAAAGAUGCACAGCUACCCAGGAUGUUGAGAUUGUUUAAGUAUACUUGUGAAACGAGGAUAUGAGAGAAUCUGUUCUGCUGCAUUGUGGAAACUUGUUAUUUUUUUCUGCCUGGUGAUUCAAGUACAUCGAUUUACAGUAUCUCUUACAUGAUCAGAGACUAUGGAAAGCAAUGGUUAUUUUUCAAAUCUGAUGAGUGAGACAUUCAACCCACUGCAUGACCUUGAAGGCUUGAACUGAAUACCAAUCCUUAAAAGCAACUGUCACAGAAUGUGGGAGCAGCACCCACUGAGAGAGCAAACCAGAAAAGACCAAAGCAUUUCAGCAUCAGGAAGAUGCACUAUUGGUGUCGUCAGCAUGACUCGAAUACCCGAUGUUAGUAUGGAUCUUGUCAAAGAAACCAACCAAACUAGGAGCACCUAUUGGAAUCGAAUUUAUGAUUACUUCCAUUCCAAUGAGGAUUUCUCCUCAACCUAUGACCAAAAAUUUCUGAUGCAUCAUUGGGGCACAAUAUAAGAUAAUUGCAACUUGUUAGUUGGAUUUAGACACAAAUUAAUGGUAGAGGGCAAAGUGGUAUAACAAUACAAGACAGAUGCCGUGUACAGAUUGUGGAAGCCUGUGGUGUGUUCUAGUCUGAAGAUCACAACGAGUCUUUCCAAUUCCUUCAGUGUUGGAAUCUCUUCCUCUUGCGCACACAGCCAAGAUGGAAACAGAGCACGAGUGCAUGCCUGUGUGGGCAGCCGGGCAGUGAGCCCUCCACUACCACCAAUGUGCAGGUGGUGUCGACACAUCACCGUCGCCCUCCUUGGUUUACCUGUCCAUGGAUUAGUUCAUGUGGCUGACGUACGACGAAGGGUGUGACUGUGGAUAUGGUUCUUCAGCAAGCGCUCGGUUCACAUCCCAGGUAGAAGUACAGCUGCCACUUUACCCAACGUUUUAGGGACAUUGACAGACCAUACACAAGUAUAGCAAAACGGACAUGGACAACAGGAAAUGAACAGUUGGGUGGAUUCAUAGUCAGGUUACAGAGGUUUAUAUCUGUGUUCGUUGUGCAGGCGUAGGAUAGAGUGUCCCCCCUACUGAAUCUUUGUGCAAGAAAGCCUAUGUAAAACUAUGUGCACUCGUGAACAGAAUUGUUAAGACCAUGAUGAAGGUGUUGCAAUCUGCAUGUGCAGUUUUUUUUUUUUUAAAAAAAACUGUCUCUCAAUUAAGGAAGGAAAGAAAUUUAUAUCA